AUGUGCAAGAGCAUCCUUUCCUGGCACAAGGAGCUCCAUGACCUCUCCUCCCUCUUCGAGAAACGCAUGUCGUCACAGGCUGAUUCCAGUCCCUCGAACGAGAGGGAAUUCUGGAUCAAAGUCGAGAAAGUGAUGACCAGUGUAUCGGAGCAAACAAAGAUGCAGGAGGUUGAUCUAACGCUAGAAGUCGUGAAGAAGCUGAAGAUCCGUGGGCACAUCCCCAAGCAGUUCGAAGAAGAUGUGGCAACUCUGCACUCAAAGCUAGACCAUGCUCAGAAGAUCAAUAUCCUCAUGAAAGACUUUCCCGUCAACGAAGUGCAAACAGCACCGGACUUCCAAACUGUGGGCGGCGCUGUGCUCAAGGUUUUUGAACAUCUGAAGAAGCACUUGCUUCGCUCCCGCUAUCCCAUCUCCCGAGCUGGCUUCUUGCUAGAAUCAGUGUCUGCAGACUUGAACCGGAAACUUCAGGAAAUCCUCAAGCGCAAGAUGUUGAUGGAUCUGAAAUAUGACGACUUCGUGAAAGUCUUUGAGAGCUGCAAGAGCAUCUUUGACGCCUGGGAGGCGAAGGAGCGAGACUUCAUCAGCGACACGAGCAAGUUCAGGAAACUGAGCAAGGACGCUUCCUCCGACAGCGACAAGCUGAACCUCGAGCACCAGAGGCUGGCAGACAGGCUGUCAGCCGUCUCUUCCUUCCGAACCAGCCACGAGAACCUCAAGCUGGUGAUCGUCAAGGUGAUGAACUCGUCGGACAGGAGGGGGCAGAAGCACGCGGGACUGUCAAACUUGCAGUUCAAUGCCUUGCAGGUCCUCAAAGAAGCCUUUGACAUCGUCCGCUCGCUGGAUGUCCUUGACAUCUCGAAGGAAGGGCAGGACGCGUGGGAGGCUGCUUCCUCCCAGUACCUCGACAUGAUCGAGCGGGUUGAGUCGCAGAUGACGAUGACGCUGCGGAACAGCCUCGGGGCAGCAAAGGAUGCGAAGGAGAUGUUCAAGAUCUUCUCUGUCUUUAGCCCUCUGCUAGUCCGGCCGAGAAUCAGGUCGGCGAUCCAGGAGUACCAGAACAAGCUUCUGCUACAGGUGAAAGACGAUGUCAAAUCUCUGCAAGAGCGCUUCAAGAGGAAGUACGCUUCCUCCGAAGCUCUCCGCAUGUCCCACGUACUCGACCUCCCCCCUGUCGCCGGUUCCAUCCUGUGGGCCCGGCAGGUGGAGCGCCAGCUGAAGAUGUACAUGCAGAGGAUUCAGGAUGUGAUAGGGGAGGGCUGGGAGGAGCAUCCGGAGGGUCAGAAGCUGAAGCAUGAGGGGGACGCGUUCAGGGAGAAGCUGGACGUGACUCAGAGGUUUAGGAAGUGGCAGGAGGAGGUUCUCAACGGCAACCAGCUCCUGAUCGACUCGUACAACACGGACACUUUCCUCUCCCACCCGUUCCGCAUCUCCGUCACUGCGCAGAACGAGGUUUCUCUCGAGGUGAACUUUGACUCGAAUCAGAUCUCUCUCUUCAAAGAGGUCAAGAGCCUCGCGCUGCUGGGCUUCAAGAUCAUCCCAUCCAUCGAGAAAUAUUCCCUCGAGCUAAAGAAGAUCUUCCCCUUUGCCACCUCCAUCUCUGAAGCCAUUCGGAUCUACUUCCAGGCCUCCUCCACGGUUGACGCCACCGUUCACGUGCUGCUGGCGAGGGACAGGCGGAGGAUGCACAACCUGAUCAAGAUCGGGAUCGAUCAGAAGGUCUUCCCCUGCCCCAAGGACAUUCAGCGAGAAGUUCUGAGAGACUUUGAGAAGUUUCCAAACUUCCUCGAAGACUUUCUGAGGAGAAGAGAAUUCGACCACCUGGAGAUUUACUCCCGCAAGCUCUACGAGUGUGCUCUCUCCUUUCAAGGUAAAGUCCAUGCGGUCCACGCCAGGUACUCGACGUUGGACUCACUGAUUCAGAGCUUGAAGACGUGUCAAGUCGACAAGAAGUCCUUCCAAACAAUCAUGUCAGCCAUACAGACCUCAGUGUCGGAUCUAGAGCUUGAGGGCUACUCGAACUUGUCAAGUUGGGUGGAUGAUCUUGACAAGAGGAUUGAGCAGAUUCUCUCGGAGAGGCUCAUGGAGAUCGUGAGCAGUUGGGUCAUGUCAAUCCGCGCCAUGUCAGACGACGUUGAGGUCCCAGCAGAGGUCCAAGCAGAGGUGGCAGGGGAGGAGGGAAAGUCGUUCUCUACAUUUCUCGACCUCGUCUCCAGCUCCAGGACCCGCCACGAGAUCAAGAUCCGAGACUCUAUCCUGCAGGUGGAGCCUCCGAUGGAGGCGGCGAGGGCGAGGCUGUUGGACAACUUCUCGGACGCACUCUCGAUUAUCGGAGACCUUGACAGGGUCAAGCACACGGCCUACUCCGAGUUCACCGAUACCAACAUGGCAGACGCCUCCAGUGCCAAGUUUAAGGACCUUGUCUUGAAGCUCCCGGCCGACCUGAUGUGCAAAGUAUUCGACCUGGUGGACCAGCUCGUGCUGUCCUCGGGCAAGUACGCCAGCUCCUGGCUCAACUACCAGGCCCUGUGGGACAUCGACACGUCAACCGUGAUCUCGAAGCUGCAGGACCAGGUGGAGGACUGGCUGGACGUGCUGAACCAGCUCAGGGCGUCGCGGUCGAUCUUUGACACGGUCGAGACUGAGAAAUCCUUCGGCCCGGUCACCAUCGACUUCUCCAAGGUGCAGCAUGGGGUAGCGAUGAAGUACGACAUGUGGCAUAAGGAACUUAUCGUAGCCUUCAGCUCAAUCCUCCUCGAAAAGUUCCGCCAGAGGUUCAAUGAGAUCCACCAGUGCAGGGUCCAGCUGGAAGACCAGCUGUUUGUCCAGGAGACUUCGCAGGCCGUCCUGUUCCUGACCCUCAUGCAAGACCUCGAGAGCCGCAAAGAAGUCUGGGAAAGGGACAACCAGACGUUCGGGCGAGCUGAGCGGACGCUGAGCAAGCACAGGUUCCGGUUCCCCUCCGACUGGUUCUAUUUCGAGAACGUGGAAGGGGAGAUGAUGGCAUUUAUGCAAAUCUUCACCAAGAAGGAGCAGGAGCUCAAGGUGGAGAUCCCGAGCCUCAGGUCCAAGGUGAGCGAGGAAGACAUCGUCGUCUCUGAAAGGAUCAAGACCUUCGUGUCGGACUGGAGCUCGAACAAGCCGCUGCAAGGAGGAAUCGUUCCCUCCGUCGCUCUCAACAACUUGUCCAUCAUGCAAUCCAACGCCGUGGAGCUGCAGCAGAGCUCGACGCGGCUGGUGCGGGCCAAGGAGAUCCUGGGGAUGGAGCACGUGGAGGCGGAUCGGCUGAGUGUGGUGGUGGAGGAGAUAACGGACCUGAAGGAAGUUUGGCGAAGUCUGGUGGAGCCCUGGGAGAAGCUGCAGGCGCUGGGGGAGACGGCAUGGAACGCGGUCAUGCCAAGGAAGGUGCGAGCGGCACUUGACGACAUCCUGCAGUCCCUCCGGGACCUCCCGACGCACGUGCGGCAGUACGCGGCGUAUGAGCACAUCAGCAGGAGGUUGAAGAGCCUGGCGAAGGCCAACGUGCUGCUGGUGGACUUGCGGUCGCAGGCGAUGAAGGAGCGACACUGGGAGCUGCUGGGCCAGAGGCUGGGGGUGCGAUGGCUGAUGAGCGAGAUGACUCUGAGCUCGGUGUGGGAGUCAGACCUGGAGGCGAACGAAGGAACGUUCAAGGAAGUGAUCGCCAUGGCGCAAGGAGAGCUCGGGCUCGAGGAGUUCCUGAAGCAGAUCCGAGAGCACUGGCAAGCUCUCUCGCUGGAGCUCGCGCCGUACAAGCAGAAGGUGUCGCUGAUCCGAGGAUGGGACGAGCUGUUCUCGAAGCUGAACGAGAACAUCAGCAGCCUGUCCUCGAUGAAGAGCUCUCCCUACUACAAGGUGUUUGCGGAGGAGGCGAGCUCGUGGGAGGGGAAGCUGAUGAAGAUGCGGGAAGUUCUGUCUCAGUGGUGCGACGUGCAGAGGAGGUGGGUGUACCUGGAGGGAAUCUUUGUGGGCAACGCAGAUAUCAAGUUCCAGCUUCCCAUGGAGUUCUCCCGCUUUCGGACCAUCGACAACGACUUCAUCUCCCUCAUGCGCAACGUGGCGAAGCUCAGCCUCGUCAUGGACGUCAUGAACAUCAAGGACCUGUCGAGCUGGCUGGCGCGCAUCGACGACCUGCUGAUGAAGAUACAGAAGUCGCUGACCGAGUACCUGGAGAAGAAGCGCUCCUCCUUCCCGCGCUUCUACUUCGUUGGGGACGAGGACCUCCUCGAGAUCAUCGGCAACGGCAAGAACCCUCCCGCCAUCCAGCGGCACCUCCGCAAGAUGUUCUCGGGUAUCCAUCAGAUCGGCACGGCAGGAGAGGAGGGGAGGAUAGAGUCUGUCUCCUCCUCCCAGGGGGAGACCGUCCGCUUCAAGGCUAAGAUCCUCUACUCUGAGCAGACCGAAGUCAACGCGUGGCUGUCGGAGAUGGAGAAGGAGGUCAGGACUACCCUGUGCGAGGGGCUGGCCGUGAGCCUCAGCGUCUUUGAGCCGAUUCUGAGACGAGAGGGCAUGAAGAGAGAGGAACUGUUCAAGUGGAUGGAUAGCUUUCCUGCGCAGAUCUUGAUCCUGUCACUGCAGAUUCAGACAUGCUCUUUGAUCGAAGAAGACCUUUCCUCCUCCUCCUCCUCCUCCUCCUCCUCCUCCUCCUCCUCCUCCUCCGUGUUGAGCCGAUCCUCCUCCAAGUGCAAGGAGUUGUUAGAGACUCUUGCCGAGUCGAUCGCCUCUGAGAUGACUUUCCUCACGCGCAAGAAGAUUGAGAGCUUCGUGGUUGACCUCGUUCACAGUCAGAAUGUCGUCACCUCGCUUCAAGACAAGAAAGUUUCCAGCCCCUCGGACUUCGCCUGGCUGUACUUCAUGCGCUUCUACUUCAACUCUACCGAGGUCAACCUGCUGGAGCAAGUCAGCAUUUCCGUCGCCAACGCUCGCUUCCUCUAUGGCUUCGAGUACCAGGGCGCCAUCGAUCGCAUCGUGCAGACUCCCCUCACCGACAAGGCCUACCUCACCCUCACCCAGGCUCUUCACAGCAGGAUGGGCGGCAGCCCCUUCGGGCCUGCGGGGACGGGCAAGACGGAGACGGUCAAGGCCCUGGCCAACCAGCUGGGGAGGUUCGUGCUGGUGUUCAACUGCGAUGAGUCGUUCGACCUGCAGGCCAUGGGCAGGAUAUUGCUGGGACUGUGCGAGACCGGAGCAUGGGGCUGCUUCGACGAGUUCAACAGGCUCGAGGAGCGGAUCCUGUCCGCCGUCUCGCAACAGAUCCUGACGAUCCAGUCGGCGGUGCGAGAGGGGAGGAGGGAGAUCGAGCUCAUCGGUCGGAGCCUCAACCUAAACCCCAGCAUCGGCAUCUUCGUGACCAUGAACCCGGGGUAUGCAGGGAGGAGCAACUUGCCUGACAACUUGAAGCAGCUGUUCCGUAGCGUCGCCAUGACGAAGCCGGACUCAGAAAUGAUCGCACAGAUCAUGCUCUACACUCAAGGCUUCCGCCAUGCCAGGCUGCUGUCGAGGAAAGUCGUUCCCCUCUUCCGCCUGUGCUCCGACCAGCUCUCCUCCUGCGUCCACUAUGACUUCGGUCUCCGUGCCCUCAAGAGCGUCCUGGCAGGUGCCGGGCAGGCGAAGAGGGGCAUGAAGAUGCAGACGAACAAGGAGGGGGAGGAGGAGGAGAUUCUCAUCAAGAGCAUCUGCGGUGCUGUGGUGCCGAAGCUGCUUCCGGACGACAUCUCCCUCUUCUCCAGCCUCCUCCUCGACGUGUUUCCCAACGCGCAGGUCAAGGGCUUCUCGGACGAUACCUUGCUCCCCCACAUCGAAGCUGUCUGUUCUGACUACGGCUACACCGCCAGCCCUCAGUUCGUCGAGAAGCUGAUGCAGCUGCAGCAGACUCUCUCCAUCCACCAUGGCGUCAUGCUGGUCGGCCCCUCGGGCACCGGCAAGUCAGUCGCCUGGCGGAUCCUCUUCGAGGCUCUCGAGAGGAUGGAGAGGAAGGCCUCGCCGUCCUUACCCUCAGCGAGCAGAUUCUUCCAGCUCGACCCCAAGGCCGUGGCCAAGAACUCGCUGUACGGGUCGCUAGAUCCGACGACGAGGGAGUGGAAGGAUGGCAUCUUCACGAGUAUCCUGAGGAAGAUCGUCGAGAACUUGCGAGAGGAUCAGCCAGGUCGCCAGUGGAUUGUAAUGGACGGGGACGUUGACCCCGAGUGGGUAGAGAACCUCAACAGCGUACUGGACGACAACCGUCUCCUCACCCUCCCGAACGGCGAGAGGAUUAGCCUCCCUCCCUCCUGCAGGAUCAUCUUCGAGGUCGAGGAUCUCGAGCACGCGACUCUUGCUACCAUCUCCAGGUGCGGCAUGGUUUGGUUCGGGGAGAACACUCUCUCCCUCCCCCAGCUGCUCGAUCGCGCUCUGGUGUGCGUGCGGGGGGGCAUCCAGCCAAGCUCGUGGGUGGACUUGAGCUCGGCACCCCAGCAAGAGCUGGAGAGCGUCUGCGCGUCUGCCAUCGAGCCCUUGCUGAAGGCUGACGAGCUGGUGGAUCAGGCGAUGAGACACGCGGCGGGGCUGGAGCAUGUCAUGCCCUUCUGCCGUCAGCGAGCGCUGGCUGCCCUUGUGAGCCUGCUCUCCACCUCCAUCACGGCGAUCGCCGAGUACAACGCGGACCAUCCCAGCUUUCCGCUGAGCAGGAGCACGAUCGAGAAGCUGAUGAGGAAGCAGCUUCUGCUCGCGACCAUCUGGGGGCUCGGAGGAUGCCUGCAGCUGUCGGAGAGGAACAAGUUCGCUCAGUUUGUCUGCAGCGUGUCCUCAGUUCCCCUUCCUCCCACCGGCGAAGCUGACAUCCUCGACUUCGAGGUGAACAUGGAGGAUGGAGAGUGGACGAGCCUGGAGAGGAAAGUUCCCAACAUUGAGCUUGACGCGCACAAGAUCGCCUCCUCCGACGUCCUCGUCCCAACGCUGGACACCGUGAGGCACGAGCAGCUGCUCCAAAGCUGGCUGAGGAGCAGGAGACUCUCGAUCCUCUGCGGGCCCCCAGGGAGCGGGAAGACAAUGACGAUCGCAUCGACCUUGCGCUCCCUCCCCGAUGUCGAGCUUGUGUCUCUCAACUUUAGCAGCACCUCCUCCCCCGACCUUCUGCUCAAGACCUUCGAGCACUAUUGCACGUAUAUCAAGACAAUGGAGGGAGCGAUUCUGGUGCCGCAGGUCAGCGGCAAGUGGCUGGUGAUCUUCUGCGACGAGAUCAACCUGCCGGAGACGGACAAGUACGGUACCCAGCAUAUCAUCUCCUUCCUCCGCCAGAUCGUCGAGCUCGGAGGCUUCUGGAGGCCCAAGGACCUGACGUGGGUGAAGAUGGAGAGAGUUCAAGUCGUCGGGGCCUGCAACCCUCCCACUGACGUCGGGAGACAUGCGCUUUCUUCUCGUUUCCUUCGCCACGCCUCCCUCCUCUACGUCGACUUCCCAGGUCGAGAGUCCCUUCGGCAGAUCUACGGGACGCUGUGCAGGUCGCUGCUGAAGUUGUCGCCCUCCCUCCGAUCGUUUUCCGACUCCGUGGCGUCCGCCAUGAUCGAAGUGUACGAGACGUGCAAGAAGCAGCUGAGAAGAGAUGCGCACGCCCACUACAUCUUCAGCCCCAGGGAGCUGUCCAGGUGGAUGAGGUCGUUGUAUGAGGUUAUGAGACAAAAAGAUCUGAUCAGUGCCGAGACUCUCGUCCAGCUGCUCCUCCAUGAGGGGCUCAGACUCUUCGCCGACCGGCUGGUGGAGGAGGAGGAGAGGCAGUGGGUCGACCGGACGAUGGACGAGGUUCUGUCAAACAAUUUCUUCGGAAUCGACAUGGGCGCUGCUCUUGCUCGCCCUGUCCUGUUCUGCAACUGGUUGUCAAAGGACUACUCGGUUGUCGACAGGGCGAACCUGAGGGAAUUCCUAAAGGCAAGGCUCAAGGUCUUCUACGAGGAGGAACUCAACGUCCCCAUCGUUGUCUUCAACCAAGUCAUCGACCAUGUCCUCCGCAUCGACCGCGUCCUCCGCCAGCGCUUCGGCCACUGCCUCCUCAUCGGAGCCAGUGGGGCUGGUAAGACAGUCCUGUCGCGCUUCGUGGCAUGGAGCGGGGGACAUUCGGUGUUCCAGAUCAAAGCGCACCAGGGGUACAAGCAGGCAGACUUCGAGGAGGACCUGAGGAAGGUCAUGAAGCGAGCAGGCUGCAAGGGGGAGAGCGUGUGCUUCAUCUUCGACGAGAGCAACAUCCUCAGCUCGGGCUUCCUCGAGCUGAUGAACGCACUGCUGGCUUCAGGCGAGGUGCCAGGGCUCUUCGACGGGGACGAGUGGUCGUCCCUGAUGCAGCUGUGCCGGGAGUCGGCGCAGCGGGAGGGCUUCAUGCUCGACACAGAGGAGGAGCUGUACAAGAGGUUCACCGACGAGGUCCAGCGGAACCUACACGUCGUCUUCACUAUGAACCCUUCCAACGCUGAGUUCACCAGUCGCACCGCCACGUCUCCUGCCCUCUUCAACCGAUGUGUGGUGGACUGGUUCGGAGACUGGACAGAGGAGGCACUGAAGCAGGUAGCUGAGGAGUUCACCGAGGCGCUGGACCUGGAGGCAGGAUGGGAGGAUGGCGAGAGGAGGAGGCUGCGGUCGGGGCUGAUAGAGAGCCUGUGCUUCGUUCACCAGGAGGCGACGAGGAUGUGCGAGGAGCUGAAGAGGAAGGACGAGCUGAGGCUUCACAUCACCCCGCGGCACUACAUCGACUUCAUCCAGCAGUUUGUCAAGCUCUUCAGCGAGAAGAAGUCAGAGAUUGAAGACCAGCAGCUGCACCUUCACGUAGGGCUCAAGAAGCUGCAGGACACCCAGGAGGCCGUGCAGGUGCUGAACCAGAGCCUCGAGGCGACGAGGACCGAGCUGACGGCCAAGGAGAAGGCGGCGAACGAGAAGCUGCAGCAGAUGGUUCACGACCAGCAGGAAGCUGAGAAGCAGAAGAAGCAGACGAGCGAGGUCAGGGAGGAGGUGGAGCAGCAGCAGCAGGAGAUCCAGAGGAGGCAGUCGGAGGUCUCGCAGGAGCUGCUGGAGGUUGAGCCUGCUGUGCAGGAGGCGAAGUUGGCGGUGCAGAACAUCAAGAAGUCGCAGCUGGAUGAGGUAAGAUCGAUGAUGAACCCGCCAGCUGGGGUCAAGGUGACGAUGGAGGCGAUAUGCGUCAUGCUCUUCGACGUGAGGAAGCCGACGUGGGACGAGAUCCGCAAGCACAUCAGGAGGGAAGACUUCAUCCCCGGCAUCCUCAACUUUGACACCGAGGCGUUCAAGAGCGACGGCGGCCGCAUGAAGGCCGUUGCCUCGUUCCUGGACGACCCGGAGUUCACCUUCGAGCACAUCAACAAGUCCUCCAAGGCCUGCGGCCCUCUUGUCAAGUGGGUCUGCGCGCAGCACAAGUUCGCCAGCAUCCUGGAGAAGGUCGCGCCGCUCAGGAAGGAGGUCAAGCAGCUGCAGGAUGCUGCGAGCGAGUCCGAGCGCCGACUGGGGGAGCUCUCGGCGCUAGGGGAGGAGCUGGAGGAGAAGAUCGCGAGCUACAAGUCGGAGUAUGCUGUGCUCAUCAGCGAGACGCAGGUGCUCAAGGGGGAGAUGGCGCGGGUGCACGAGAAAGUUUCGAGGUCGGUCUCCCUCCUCCACAACCUUAUCGGGGAGAAGGAGAGGUGGGAGAAGCAGUCAAACUCAUUCGGCUCCUCCAUCGUCACCCUCGUCGGGGACGUCCUCUUGUCUUCCGCUUUCCUCGCCUACUUCGGCAUGUUUGACCAGGAUGCUCGCUCUUCGCUCUUGAGGAGGACCCUUCAAUUCCUCAACAAGGUCGGGCUGCCGGCAAAGGAAGAUUUGAGCUUUGCAGAGUAUCUCAGCAAGCCGGACGAACGUCUCUGCUGGCUGUCACUCGGUCUUCCUUCCGACUCGCUCUUCGUCGACAACGCUGUGAUGCUCAAGAGAUACAACCGCUACCCCAUGGUCGUCGACCCCUCGGGCCAGGCUACCUCCUUCCUCAUGCGGCUGCACAGCGAGCGGCAGAUCAUGAAGACCUCGUUCCUCGACGCCUCCUUCAUGAAGCAUCUCGAGAGCGCCCUGCGCUUCGGCACCCCCAUCCUCGUCACCGACGUGGAGCGCGUCGACCCCAUCCUCAACCCCAUCCUCAACCGCGAGAUCUCCAAGAACGGAGGAAGGGUCCUCGUGCGCCUCGGCAGCCAGGACAUCGACUUCUCCCCCUCCUUCGCUCUCUUCCUGAGCACGCGCGACCCCUCCUGCCACUUCAGCCCCGACCUGUUCAGCCGCGUCUCCCUCAUCAACUUCACCAUCACCCCAGCUGGACUCCAGGACCAGACGCUGAGCCUGGUGCUGAGAUCGGAGCGGCCGGACGUGGAGCAGGAGCGGGAGGACCUGCUGAAGCUCCAGGGGGAGUACAGGCUGAGGCUGAACCAGCUGGAGAAGGCCCUGCUGCAAGCUCUCUCCGACGCCAGUGGCAACAUCCUCGACGACGACACAGUGAUCGCCUCCCUGGAAAGGAUCAAGAAGGAGAGCCAGGAGGUGGAGGAGAAGAUCGCGCAGCAGGGGGAGACGCAGGAGCGGAUCGAGGAGGUAACAAGACUCUUCGAGCCCUUCGCUGCCACCAGCGCGCGGGUAGAAGUUCACUUCCUCUAUCACUUCUCCGUCCAGACCUUCAUGCACAUCUUCUCUCGCGUGACGGAGGAGGCGAAGGCUGACCAGUCCCCCGACCGCACAGACCUCCUCCUCCGCCUCCUCUUCAAGAUCACCUUCGAUCACGCUAGCGUCUCCCUCCUCGAGCGGCACAAGCUCCUCCUCGCCCUUCGCUUCGCCCAGCUGAAGCUGCUGGGCUCUCAGCUCGAGCUGGAUACCUCGGACCUCAACUUUCUCUUUGGCAAGUCUGCCGCCGCCAAUGUCGCCAUGCUCAGCAAGUCGAGCAAGUUCGCGUCUCUGCCUGACCUCAUCUGCAGCGACGCCUCCUCCUGGUCUUCCUUCCUCUCCUCCGAGCAUCCUGAGCAGCAGCUGCCCUGCUCCUGGACCGGCGACUCCCCCGUUGACGUGGACGUGGCAUGGCGGCGGGUUCUGGUCUGCCAUGCCCUCCGGCCGGAUCGCCUGCAGGCAGCCUGCGGUCUCUUCGUCGAGCGAGUCCUCGGCAGCGACUUCCUCGCCUCUUCCUCCCCUGAGCUCCGCCAGAUCCUCGACAGCAGCCCCGCCAACCAGCACACCUUCAUCCUCUCCUCCUCUGCCGGCUUCGACACCAGCAGCCGCGUCGAGCGACUCGCGCGGGACCUCAGAGUCUCCUGCGACACGCUGGCGAUGGGAUCGCCCGAGGGCUACGAGCAGGCAGAGAAGCUCAUUGCGUCCGCUGCCUCCAGGCAAGGGGCGUGGGUCCUCCUCAAGAACGUCCACCUCGCCCCCAGCUGGCUGCUGCAGCUGGAGAAGAAGAUGCACCGCAUCGACCCCCUGCCCGGGUUCCGCCUCUUCCUCACCAUGGAGUUCUCCUCGCAGGUCCCGCAGAGCCUCUUGCUCAGCUCUAGAGUCGUCGUGUACGAGCCGCCGGUGGGGAUCAGAGCCAGCCUGCUGCGCUCCAUGACGUCGUCGAGAUCGCAGAGGAUGGAGGAGGAGCCGGCUGAACGCUCUCGCCUCCACCUCCUCCUCUCCUGGGUCCACAGCGUCAUCAUGGGGAGGAUGCGCUACUGCCCGCACGGGUGGUCCAAGAGCUACGAGUUCAGCGAGGUGGACCUUAGGAGCGCAGCAGACAUAAUCGACGAGUGGGUCGAUAAGCUGGCGGCCGGAAGGUCCAACGUGGCGCCUCAGAGGCUGCCGUGGGAGGCGAUACAGGCCCUGAUCUCCUCGACCUGCUACGGGGGAAGGGUCGACAACGAGUUCGACCUCUCCAUCCUCAACUCGCUCCUCCUCCGCCUCUUCCAUCCCUCCUCCUACUCCCUCGACUUCUCUCCCAUCCCCCUCCCCGCCGAGUCGGGGCUCCUCAAGCUCCCCGAGGGACGAGGGACAGAUUCAUUCCUGCAGUGGAUCCAUUCCUUGCCCGAGCGGGAGGAGCCCGCCUGGUUGGGCCUGUCCUCCGACUCCGACCUCCUCCUCCUCGCCCGAGAAUCCGAGAAGAUGCUAGGGGAGUGGGAGGAGCUGCUCAACAGCUACUCGGGCGACGAGCGACUGGUCGACUCAGCGCAAGUGAGGAAGCAGGAGAAAGUUCCACGCUGGACCAAGACCAUCGUCAGCAUGGCGGAGAAGUGGGAGCAAGAGCUGCCUGCUGCUGUCGAGACUAAGUUUGACCCCAAAAGUGGGGACGCUGUGCUGCGCUUCUUGAGCAGAGAGAGCGACAUUGCGGUCAACCUUCUCAACCUCGUUCGCGCUGACAUCAGCAGCAUCCUCUCCUGCCUUCGCGGCGACGCUGCUCUCACUAACCACGUGCGGGAAGUGAUCUCCGACCUGAGGAGAGGACUCGUGCCCAAGACCUGGUCAAGGUGA